AUGUAUGUGAACGACAUAAAUCCAUCGGACUCGAGUUGUUUUACGAAAUGCAAUAAUAAGUUUAUCACCGAUUUCGAGUUCAGUUUCAACAUAUCCGCAAGUGAUUUCUACGAUUUUCCACUGCAUCCACUGAUUUUAGAACACUCAUCGUAUCUAUUAUUUUGCAAAUUAGCCACUGAAAAAACAAGAUGUUAUAUCGAUAAGUGCAAUGAUAAGUCAGCUGAUGCCGUUUUCUCACCAUCGAAUUUCAUCUGCGAUUUCAGAAGAUCUUUAUAUCAGGAAGCACGCCCAUGUCUAGCCGAAGCGGAGCCGAUCACUUUUUUGAAAUGCGAUCAGCAAUGUCACGAUUCGCUGCGAAAUCGACGAACGAUUGGGAACAAUUCUCUGUAUAAGAUGGGUGAAGUAGAGAGAUACGAGGAGGCUCUAUCGACUCUUUGUGCUUUUCAAUCGUGUUAUCUUGAUUGUUCUUUGCCGCUCAUAUCAGAGGUCUGUUCAUCAAAUGGUGCGACCCGGGCAAGUAAUUUAUUAUCGACUUUUGUACAAUGGCAUGCAAAUGAUAUCUAUGAAUGGCACGUAGUCUCUGAUCGCCUUCAACGUCUUCCCCUCAGUUGUGCUCGUCUUUCCGAUAAUAAAGCUGAAUCGAUCGUCCAAAUCAUGCAAAAUGUCAAGAAAGUU